CAUAACACGCCGGUGCCAGCCCCUCCCCCUCCUAACACCACAUGAAGCAAGGCCACCACCACGCUCAGUCGUCAGUCGGGCCCACGCAGAUCAUCAUGGCGUCUGCACUUCUCCGCUCAUUGAAGGGGGCUCACACUCUCACCCCACUGUGGCGCAGCUACAGCUCUGCUGCUCCUGCCACAAAGCUCUACAUCAAUGGCAAGUUUGUAGAAAGUAAAACAAAGGAGUUCUUUGAUGUCCACAACCCUGCUACAAAUGAGGUGGUGACCCGAGUACCAUUGGCGACUCAAGAUGAGAUGGAGGCGGCAGUGUCAGCUGCCCGGGAGGCCUUCACCACCUGGAGCCAGACGUCUGUCCUCACUCGCCAGCAGGUCAUGUUCAAGUAUCAGCAACUCAUCAGGCAGAACAUUCACGAAUUGGCAAAGAUCAUCACUCUUGAGCAAGGAAAGACACUGGUGGAUGCUGAAGGAGAUGUCAUGAGAGGCCUGCAGGUGGUGGAGCACUGCUGCAGUAUCACCAGUUUGCAACUUGGGGAGACCAUGCCCAGCAUCUCUAAGGACAUGGAUACACACUCGUAUCGUGUUCCUCUUGGAGUGUGUGCUGGCAUUGCUCCAUUCAACUUCCCCGCUAUGAUUCCUCUCUGGAUGUUCCCUGUUGCUGUGGUGUGUGGCAACACCUACGUGUUCAAACCAUCAGAACGGGUCCCUGGUGCAGCCAUGUUGCUGAUAGAGCUGCUGCAGGAAGCUGGCUGUCCUAGUGGGGUGGUGAAUGUGAUCCAUGGUCAACACAAAGCUGUAAACUUUAUCUGUGAUGAUCCACACAUCAGGGCCAUCUCCUUUGUGGGAUCUGACCAAGCUGGCAAGUAUAUCUACGAACGUGGCUCCAUGAAGGGCAAGCGUGUGCAGUCAAACAUGGGUGCCAAAAACCACGGGGUGAUCAUGCCAGAUGCCAACAAGGAGACCACCCUCACCCAGCUAGUGGGAGCUGCCUUUGGUGCUGCAGGACAGAGGUGUAUGGCCUUGAGUACUGCCAUCUUUGUUGGAGAAUCUGCCAAGUGGUUGCCAGAGCUGGCAGAGCGCUCCAAGAAUCUGAAGGUGAAUGCUGGACACGAGGCUGGAGCAGACUUGGGACCAGUCAUCUCCCCAGCUGCCAAGGACCGUAUCUGUAGUCUGGUUCAGUCUGGCAUUGACGAAGGUGCCACUUGCAUGUUGGAUGGAAGAAAUCUCAUUGUCCCCGGUUAUGAACAAGGAAACUUUGUGGGACCAACCAUCCUCACUGAUGUUAAGCCUCAUAUGCAAUGCUACAAGGAGGAGAUCUUUGGCCCUGUGCUGGUGGCUCUUACUGUGGAUACUCUGGAUGAUGCCAUCCGGGUGAUCAAUGAGAACCCAUAUGGCAAUGGAACUGCAAUCUUUACCACCAAUGGAGCCACGGCUAGGAAGUUCACUUACACAGCUGAUGCUGGCCAGGUGGGAAUCAACGUGCCCAUCCCUGUCCCUCUGCCCAUGUUCUCCUUCACUGGCUCCCGGGGAUCCUUCUUGGGGGAUGCCAACUUCUAUGGAAAGGCUGGAAUCAACUUCUACACGCAGCUGAAGACGGUAACACAGAUGUGGCGAGAGACUGACGUCACACCCACACAGUCAGCAACAGCCAUGCCAGUCAUGCGCUGAACACACAAGUAAUGGCAAGACAAGUUCCUUUGAGUAACAAAUUGUGCAUUAUAUAACUGGUUGUAAAAUAUAUGUUCAGUAGCUAAAUAGGACCUGUAUUUAAGCUCUUAUGGCCAAGAUGUUUGUCCCAUCAGUUAGCUGAGCUAAUGUUUAUCUUGAAGGUGGUAUCUUCUAAAAUACCCCAGAAAAAAUAAAUUGCUCCUUUCAGCUUUGUUUGGCAGACAUUCCAGUUAUGAAGAAUAAAGUUGAUUUAAGAAUUAUUAAUUCAUGAUGCUAGAAGGGCAUUUGUAAACUUAAUUCUUCAGUUUGGCAGCUCUGUAAACAAAUUUACAAUACAGAUUUUUGUAUAA